AUGCAGCGCAUCCUCGUAACUCUCCUGGCUCUCGCCACUCUUGGCAUCAACGCGAUCCCCGUCGAUACUCCUGAUGGCACGAUCGCUCCGCUUGAUCAUGCCAGUGAAGAGCUAACGCAUGUCUACGGGCUCGACGAGGAAGAGAGCUACAUGCGAAAGCGUGAAGUUGCGCCGGGACAUUCGUACACUCUUGACAAAGACGAGCAUUAUGAGGCCAGAGACAAGCCUCCUAGUCCACCCGCCCACUCGUACACCUUAGAUGCGGACGAAAGCCUCAAGAUCAAGCGCGAGGAGCCAAGCCAUUCGUACACACUCGACGAAGAUGAGGAGUACAAGGUCAAGCGGGAGAAGGCCCACUCCUACACUCUGGAUGAGGAUGAAGAGUACAAAGUCAAGCGCGAAAAGGCUCACUCCUACACUCUAGAUGAGGAUGAAGAGUACAAAGUUAAGCGCGAGACGGCUCACUACUACAACCUUGAUGAGGACGAGCAGUACUAG